AUGACUAACUUCACCCUGUUCAGUGGUGAAUCACUUUAUGAGGCGUGGGAGAGAUUCAAGGAGGCAAUCCGAAAGUGCCCACAUCACGAAUUGCCAUAUAAUCUCCUAAUUGAGGUCUUUUAUCUUAGCCUGGAUGAUACAUUGAGGUCUCUAGUAGAUGCUGCAGCAGGAGGCGCACUGAUGGGUAAGAAUUAUGAUGAAGCAAGUGCUUUGAUAGAAAAGAUGGCCUCCAGUGCACAUAAUUGGCAGAAUGAGAGAAGCAAAUCAAGAGUGGCAUCAGUCAAUGACAUGGACACUAUUGCUAAUUUGACAACCCAAAUUUCAGCUCUUACUACCCAGGUUGCUUUUUGUGAGUUGUGUUCAAGACCACAUUCGACUCUUGAAUGCAUGUCUAGAAAUCCCUUAGCUUCACCCAAUGGAGAGCAAGUGAACUUUGUCAACAACUUCCAACGGGGUAAUCAAGGACUUUAUUCGAACACUUACAAUCCAUGGUGGCGUAAUCAUCCUAAUUUCUCAUGGAGGAACGAGAAUAAUGCAUUUAAACCGCCACCUGGAUUUCAGAAGCAAGACCCUGCUCAGAAUGCUCCACCUCAGCAAAGUCAGUCAAGAAUGGAAGAGCUCAUGUUGAGCUAUAUGCAAAAGACUGACACCAUGCUACAGAAUCAACAAGCCACUAUUCGAAACCUUGAGGGUCAGAUUAGUCAGAUUUCUCAACAAUUGAGUAAUAGACCAUCAGGAUCUUUACCCAACAACAUUGAAGAAAACCCCAUGGGUGUCAAUGCUAUAAUGCUAAGGAGUGGCAAGGAAUUGGACACAAUCAAUAGAAAAGCUCAAACUGAGGAGGAGAGUCCAGAGAAAGACAAAGAAGCACUCCAGCAGAUGCCUUCAUAUGCUAGAUUCAUGAAGGAUCUGCUCACUAAAAAGAGGAAGUUUGAUGGGAGAGAGCCUGUGAUGCUUACAAGGGAGUGUGCAAGUAUAAAUUUAAUGCCUCUAUCUAUUUUCAAGAAACUUGGACUUGGAGAAUGCAAGGAAACUCAUAUUACCUUGCAACUUGCUGACAGAAGUAUCAAAUAUCCAAAGGGCAUUGUCGAGAAUGUCCUGGUGAAGGUAGACAAAUUCAUAUUUCCAGUCGACUUCAUAGUCCUGGAGAUAGAGGAGGACAGAGAGGUACCCAUGAUCCUUGGCAGACCGUUCCUUGUGACAGGUAAAGCAUUAAUAGAUGUGGAACAAGGUAAGCUCACUUUAAGAGUUAUGGAUGAACAAAUAACUUUUAAUGUUUAUGAUGCCAUAAAGAAAUUUGAUGAUGGCAAAUCUUGUUACACCAUUGAUAUUAUUGAUGAGCUUAUCUCUGAGUCAGUGGAGGAGAAAGCAGGUGUGGAUACAAUGGAAUCAGUCCUUAAGGAUCUGGACGAUUGGAGUGAUGAUGAUGAGCCUGAGGAAGAAUAUGUGUAG